AUUUAGUGUACUUUUGUACAUAUAUUAUUAACCAAUAUCUUUGAUUCAAAGUUGUUAAAUAUGUCACUUUUGUUAUUUAUAUCAUAUGUAUAAUUAUCACAUUUUUAUAAACAUGCCACUUUUGUUAUUUAAGUCAAGGUUCUAUUUGUCAACAUAAUUAUUAUAAAAAUGUCACUUUUAUUAUCGAAAUAUUUUAUCUGAUUAAAAUGUCACCGAUGUUAAAAUUUUAUCUGAUUCACUUGAUUUUAAAAAAUCACUUUCGUAAUAUUUUGCUAACUAAUAAAAUUUAUUUAUUUUAUUUUAUUAAAUUUUUCGAGGUGUCACACAUUGCGUGUCCAACAGAGUACAAAAACCAAAGUAAAGUGCAGAAAUGGUUAAGUCAUAAAUAGUGGACUUACACUAGCAAAGAAUACAGGCCCAACAGGCGGAAAGAAGCGCAGGAAUGAUUAAGUCCUAAACAUUGGACUCAUGAAUAUAAUCUCAAACACCCUCCCGAUCGCUAGGACAAAGCCGGGCGAGAAUGGGAGUCGAUAAGUCCGCUAAGGUCAAGAACAGAACAAUGCAUAAAUUAAUUAUAGAGGCAAGUUGAUGGACAAAAAGUUUUGUAUUCAUCGGUUCUACUGACCGGAAAUUACAAGGGAUAUGCCGAAGGCAAGAAAUGAGAAUACGAAAGGAAAUAACUAAUCUACUGAUCGGGGUUGUCCUCGCCCUCCUCCUCAUCCUCAUCCUCAUCUUCAUCAACAGCCUGGACGAUCUCCGUUCCCAGGGCCCGCCUGCACUUGUUGAUCUGAGCAAUCAAGGCGUUCCGAUGAUUCGGGUUUAGGUCCGGGAAGUCAGAUGGUUGCACCGGUCGACCCAGUUGCCUUUCCAGAAGGGGGGGAGCGGCUGGAGCAUGUGCUGGCAUCCGGAACCAUAGACCCCCCGGGUAAAUGCUUCGGCCCAUUCUUUGGUCACCUGAUGCUGAUCAAGAACCCUCACCCCCUCCUUCUGACAUUCUUCGCCGGUCAGCUUAGCCAGAUGCUCCCCAAGGAGGGUGGGAAGCUGCUCAAAAGCAUACGCCCGGAAUUCGUCCGAAGCCUUGAAGUUCUCCCGAACGGUAGAAAGGUCGGCAGUCACCUCCGGGGGGCGUCCGGGAUUUGGGAAGGAGAUUCCGAGAAUUUCACCUGAGCGGAUUCGGCUGCCGCCAGAUAUGCUUGGAGGGAAGCCACCCUCACAUGGAGCUCCCCAAGUUCGCUCUCCAGCUUCUUCUGGACCUCGGUGGCUGCCUGUCGUUCAGUCUCUGCAGCCUGAGCAGCCGAAGAGAGGGAAUGUACAGCUUCCUCCCUCGCCACAAUCAGUUCCCGCUCUUUGGUCAGUCGAGCCUCGCGGAUCUUCAGGCUGUAUAACCCUACCUACAUCCGGUUAAUCAGGGUUAACGGGAUGAACAUGCAAGCAAGAAAGGAAACAUGGGAAAAUAAUGUAGAAAUUACCUUGAGGGCAGCCAAGGCUAAACAUUCCUCGGCUUCCUCAACCGGGAGCGGGGGAAGGGAGAAGUCGUUGAGAUCGACUGACGUGGACCAAAUCCGGCUCGCUGGACACCCCCCCCCCCCCCCCCCCGCUCCAGCAUAUCGUGAGCAGGAUCUUGGAGGGAAAUCCUCUGAAAUUGCCUGGCCAGGUCUGCUUGGUGAGCGGCCACUUCCUCAGCGGAAAAGCUGUGAAAUUGCUGAUCGGAAAAGAACUAGCCCAUCAGCAUAUCGGCGUGAGAGGGUUGUUGAUCGGGGAUUACCUGCUGAACAGGCUCAAUAUCCUGAGCAGGCUGAGGCCGUUCAGGAGAUGGAGGGGCAACUUGGGAGGAAGUUGCCUGUUCGGCUUUCCUCAGCCUCUUCCUCUUUGGUUUUUUCUUCUCCUGAAUAGGAGGAGGAAUCUCCUGUUCAUCUUCAACAUCACAGGAAAACAAUCUGCUGUCAUCCAUAACUGCUGGCUGAUCGGGAGUUGCUCCUUCGAGAUCUGAAGUUUCGCCUUGAUUGAGAGCUGAAAAUAAACAAGGGGAAUAUUAGUACCAAGCGGUCCGCACAUGGAUAAACAAAAUGUUUUUCACACAGGAAGGACCGCCCGGGCCAUGGUACUUGGUUUUCAGUCAAGUAAGUCCAGGAGUUCGGGCAGUACCUAUCCCGGCCUUGAUAAGCCGUUUGGGAGUCAGGUAGGACAUGAUCUUGAAGCAGCCACCAGCCUCCACAGCAAUGAUGUCCUUACUAAGAUCUUCGGAGAUGAAGGGUUCAGGGGAUUUGGGAGGAAAGGCAUUCCAUUUCUUGGAAUUAGGCCGUUCGGGACAGAGACAAAGAAGAAUCUAUCCUUCCAACCCUUGAUGGAAGAAGGAGCUUCACGGAACAAGAUAUGCCCCGUUCGGGCACUCACUACCAAAAACCCAUGGGACUGUUGAGGGAUGACCGAGAAAAAAUAGUGAAACAGAUCAAGAGAAGGGGUCACCUUGGCACCCGCACAACGACAGAUGAAACCUGCCAUAGCUCGGUAAGAGUUCGACAUGAUUUGGGCCGGUACUAUGCCAUAAAAAUUGAAGAAAGAGAUGAAAAAGGGUGAAGUGGGAACCUAAGACCAGCCUUAAGGGAGUCGAAAUGGACCACAACCAUCCCAGGGAAGUGGCGCAUUGGGUGGAGGCCCGCUUGAAGGCGGAAAUCCACAGAAUCAGGAAUCAACAUUUGAAAUUGGGCCCUGUUUUGGGCCGUAAGUUUCUGGCGCCUAAACCUGAUGAGUACUAGGUCAAGUUUAUGACAGGGGACGCCGUUUGGAGGACCAGCUUCCAUAGCCUCCAGCUCGUCCCCAGAAUGGGUACCAUCGGAGUAGGCCCGGGAAGGAGAAGCAUCAUCGUCGGGAUUCGGGAACCUCCGCAGAAAUGGCGGCCAUAUCUGGUACAACGUUAUCCUCUGGAGAACCGGCGUUUGAAGCAGAAGGUUCGGAAGAAUGGAGACGGGGAGCCAUACUGACCGAACGACGAAAUUAAAGGAGAAUAGUCCGGAAGGUACCUGAACAAGAGCUACAAUCAGAAUCUAGAGAGAAGCAGAGCAGCAAGCCGAGGAAUGCGAAGUUUCGAAACCCUGAAUCGAAGUUGGAGAAGUCUAUUUAUACUCUGUCACACUGAAUCAACGGCCAAUCAGAAAAAGACACGUCUCCAGUAAUAAUGACAGGGACACGUGUCAUGCGGAGAGUCUUUCCCCAGUAAUAAUGACGGUUAUCAGGGAAGCAAAACGGCAGCCGCAUAUAACCGUCAAAAUAUGCCUCGGGAACCGGCGGAAUACCAUCCGAUAUUCACCCGAACAGCAUUCGGGCAAUAAUCUUCUACUUCCUUAUGCACUCACUACCGUUCGCGACAUAGGAAGUGGGGGACUAGUGUUAGGAUAUUGGGUCCAGGCCCAAUAUCCCUUAACCCAAAUCCGGAAAGAAGUAACAGGCCCAAAGCAGCCCCGAGUUCCCGAUCAGCCUUCGGGGCGAAUCAUCUACUUGGAGCAUCUCAGGAAACAAUCACGCCAAAGCACCAAAUAGCUGGUUCCCGAACGGGGUUCGGGAUACUCUUCAUAAACAAGAUAACAUCUAUGGUAGGGUCCCACUCACCGAACAUUAUACCCGAACGGGCAGUUAGCAAGUGGAAACUGCAUUUAAUGCUGGAUCAUGGCGCCUGCAAGUGGAGGCAGGGGUGCUUACCGGAUUCAGCCACGUGGCCAGCUUUCCCAUCCCCAUUUUACUAUAAAUACCUGCAUUAAGAUCAUUGUAAAGGGUUAGGAUUUCAAUACUCAGAACUUAGCAAUAGAUUUACGUCCCUUAUCCUUGUAUUCUCGUAUUCAUCUACCGUUCGGGUAGUUUCCUUGUAAUUGCAUAAUUACUCAAUACAAGUAAGCUCUUGAGUUGGAUAAUAUCUCACUGUUAUAUUUUAUACACUUUCCAAACUAACCCAAUAUCCCUACAAUAUCCAAAGCUUGUGUUGGGCUUUCGGAUCUUCGGGAAAAAACUUCAACAAGUAUUAAUGAAUUUGUUAGUUGUUUUGUUAGUUGAGCGUCA